AUGGGAACUUUCAGCUUCCUACUCAGCACAAUCCCAGUCUACCACUAUCUGCGCAUCGGCCAACUCGGUCGUGCCGAAGUCGUCAACAUGAAAGAGCAAGGUAUCACCCGCACGGGGAAGUUGCCUGCGCUCGAGUACAAGGGCCAGAGACUUACACAGCACAUUCCUAUCCUGCGAUACCUCGCCCGCGACCUUGGAGGUUAUGACGAGGAAACGAACUGGGAGAAUUAUGUCGUUGAUGCUGUGUCGGACAUUUACAUUGAUUGGAGGAGGAAGCCGGAGUACAAGGAUAAAUAUGUGCCGGGUUAUUACAACCUCGUUGCGGAGUACUACUCGGAUUAUAAAGGACCGUACCUGCUGGGUGAUAGGGUCACUCACACUGACUUUGCGAUCUAUCAAUCUAUUGAUAACGAUCGGAGAACGGGGACGCUUCCGUCGGUCUUGCCGGAUGCUUUGGUCAAUUUCAAGGAGGCCUUUGAUCGGUGGCGAAAUAGGGAUGCGCUGUUGGUAUACUAG